GGGCGCUACAUAAAACCCACCCCAGCAUCACACUCUGCUGGGAGCAUUCGAUCAUUCAGACAUGGCAAGUAAGAAGGCCUCCAAUAAGAGACAGAGGGGAGCACAGAAGUCCUGCUCCAAUGUCUUCUCCAUGUUUGAGCAGUCACAGAUUCAGGAGUUCAAAGAGGCUUUUGGGUGCAUUGACCAAGACAGAGAUGGUGUUAUCAAAAAACAGGACCUAAAGGAGACCUAUGGACAGCUGGGGAAGCUUAAUGUUGAUGAUGAAGAGCUGGAGGGGAUGUUGAAUGAGGGGAAGGGUCCCAUCAACUUCACCGUGUUCCUGUCUCUUUUUGGAGAGAAACUCAACGGCACCGAUCCUGAAGACACCAUACUGGGAGCCUUCAAGCUUUUUGACCCGAAUGGGACAGGCUUUGUUAAUAAGGAUGAGUUUAAACGAUUACUGAUGAACCAGGCGGAUAAAUUCACAGCAGAGGAGGUUGAUCAGGCCUUUGCUCUCGCUCCUAUUGACCCAACGGGCAACAUCGACUACAAGUCCCUCUGCUACAUCAUCACACACGGAGACGAGAAGGAAGAAUCUUAAGAAAGUCAUACAGGUUACCUUAACAUGCUGAUAAUAUGUAAAGGUUAUCAAUCAGAAACUUCAAUGAUUGAUGGAUUAAUGUUGGGACAUCGGAUUCAUUUAAUCUCAACUGUUAAAUGCUACAGUUCUGUUUGUUUCUCAUUUCUUUGUAUGCUCAAGAGAAUAAAGUGUUCCU